GGGAGCGUGUGACGCCGCAGGCCGCGGCGGACCUGGGGAUUAAUGGGAAAAGUUUUGGCAGGAGCUGGGGGAUUCUGCGGAGCCUGCGGGACGGCGGCAGCGGCGCGAGAGGCGGCCGGGACAGUGCUGUGCAGCGGUGUGGGUAUGCGCAUGGGACUCACUCAGAGGCUCCUGCUCACUGACAGAUGAAGACAAACCCACGGUAAAGGCAGUCCAUCUGCGCUCAGACCCAGAUGGUGGCAGAGCUAUGACCAGGCCUGCAGGCGCCACGCCAAGUGGGGGUCAGUCAUGGAACAGCCACAGGAGGAGACCCCUGAGGCCCGGGAAGAGGAGAAAGAGGAAGUGGCCAUGGGUGACGGAGCCCCGGAGCUCAAUGGGGGACCAGAACACACGCUUCCUUCCAGCAGCUGUGCAGACCUCUCCCAGAAUUCCUCCCCUUCCUCCCUGCUGGACCAGCUGCAGAUGGGCUGUGAUGGGGCCUCAGGCGGCAGCCUCAACAUGGAAUGUCGGGUGUGCGGGGACAAGGCCUCGGGCUUCCACUACGGGGUCCACGCGUGCGAGGGGUGCAAGGGCUUCUUCCGCCGGACAAUCCGCAUGAAGCUCGAGUAUGAGAAGUGCGAUCGGAUCUGCAAGAUCCAGAAGAAGAACCGCAACAAGUGUCAGUACUGCCGCUUCCAGAAGUGCCUGGCACUCGGCAUGUCGCACAACGCUAUCCGCUUUGGACGGAUGCCGGAGGCCGAGAAGAGGAAGCUGGUGGCGGGGCUGACUGCCAGCGAGGGGUGCCAGCACAACCCCCAGCUGGCCGACCUGAAGGCCUUCUCUAAGCACAUCUACAACGCCUACCUGAAAAACUUCAACAUGACCAAAAAGAAGGCCCGGAGCAUCCUCACCGGCAAGUCCAGCCACAACGCACCCUUUGUCAUCCACGACAUCGAGACACUGUGGCAGGCAGAGAAGGGCCUGGUGUGGAAACAGCUGGUGAACGGGCUGCCGCCCUACAACGAGAUCAGUGUGCACGUGUUCUACCGCUGCCAGUCCACCACAGUGGAGACAGUCCGAGAGCUCACCGAGUUCGCCAAGAACAUCCCCAACUUCAGCAGCCUCUUCCUCAAUGACCAGGUGACCCUCCUCAAGUAUGGCGUGCACGAGGCCAUCUUUGCCAUGCUGGCCUCCAUCGUCAACAAAGACGGGCUGCUGGUGGCCAACGGCAGUGGCUUCGUCACCCACGAGUUCUUGCGAAGUCUCCGCAAGCCCUUCAGUGACAUCAUUGAGCCCAAGUUCGAGUUUGCUGUCAAGUUCAAUGCGCUGGAGCUCGAUGACAGUGACCUGGCGCUCUUCAUCGCGGCCAUCAUUCUGUGUGGAGACCGGCCAGGCCUCAUGAAUGUGCCCCAGGUAGAAGCCAUCCAGGACACCAUUCUGCGGGCUCUAGAAUUCCAUCUGCAGGUCAACCACCCUGACAGCCAGUACCUCUUCCCCAAGCUGCUGCAGAAGAUGGCAGACCUGCGGCAGCUGGUCACUGAGCAUGCCCAGAUGAUGCAGUGGCUAAAGAAGACGGAGAGUGAGACCUUGCUGCACCCCCUGCUCCAGGAAAUCUACAAGGACAUGUACUAAGGCCGCAGCCCAGGCCUCCCCUCAGGCUCUGCUGGGCCCAGCCACGGACUGUUCAGAGGACCAGCCACAGGCACUGGCAGUCAAGCAGCUAGAGCCUACUCACAACACUCCAGACACGUGGCCCAGACUCUUCCCCCAACACCCCCACCCCCACCAACCCCCCCAUUCCCCCAACCCCCCUCCCCCACCCCGCUCUCCCCAUGGCCCGUUUCCUGUUUCUCCUCAGCACCUCCUGUUCUUGCUGUCUCCCUAGCGCCCUUGCUCCCCCCCUUUGCCUUCCUUCUCUAGCAUCCCCCUCCUCCCAGUCCUCACAUUUGUCUGAUUCACAGCAGACAGCCCGUUGGUACGCUCACCAGCAGCCUAAAAGCAGUGGGGCCUGUGCUGGCCCAGUCCUGCCUCUCCUCUCUAUCCCCUUCAAAGACAUGAGCCAUCCAAAGAAACACUACGCUCUCUCUGGGCCCAGCUUUCCAAGAAGCCUGGCCUGGACCAACUGCCAUCCCAGCUUGUGGUCACCACCACAGGGUUCCUCCUCCAGAGAGCAAGUGGGCAGGGAGCCUGGGCCGGGAGCCAUAUUCCCAGGCUGUCUCAGCCCUAGGCACACCACUCUCUGACACUUCCUUUCUUCUCGCCGGCGUCCUAGGUCAUUGUCACAGAUGACCCUUGUGCUGCCUAGGAGAUGACCCCUCCAGAUGUCCCCUCCAGAUGCGGUCCAACGGCCCCACUGAAGGGAAGGGGGUAGAGGCAGGCCGGAAGGAGCAGCGGCACACUUAGGUCCCAGGGUCAGAAGCUAGACAGCGAGUGGGCAGGCCCUCCAUCAGCACCCCUCCUCUACCCUGUAGCAGCAUCCAGACUGGCAGAUCCCAGUACCAGGAACUGGACCAUAGCUGUUCUUUCUUCUCCUGGGAGAUGCUGGCACACCUGCCCCCCCCCCCCCCUUGCAGCUGCCCCGGUGUAGCCAUGACACUGGCUCACCUCUCGGUCACCACAGAGUCCCUCCCAUUCCCUCCCCAAGGCCACUGGGGUACAGCUAUGGCCCUGUUCUUAGGACUGGUGAUCUGUGAGCAGGCAGGGAUAUCCUACCAGGUCACCCCUGCCAGCUCACAGGCAGAGUUGCUAGGGUUCCUCUGACCCUGUCCUCUCUCCCACUCACUUGUACCAGUAGCUCUGUGGCCUUCUCUUCUUUUGCCUGGCUGGUCACCUGCUCCCAUCUGCUGCUUCAAGUGGCUUGAAACUUGCUGGGUGCUCCCAUACUCAGCCCCAGCCCGGCAGAUCCUGCCUCUAGGCCCAUAGGUGAUCAGCCCAGGCUCGGCUCCUGCCAACACAGAAUGCUGCCAGAUUCCCCGCUAGCACACUCCCUGCCCCUCACCUCUACUGAUCAGGUCUUGGGGUGUUCCUUGUGGGGCCCACCCAGGCUGAGAAUGGAGCUACAUCACCCGCCCUGCCCCCACCUGCCCAGCCCCGCCCAGGUCUGGUGCUGAGGAUGCAGCUCCUCUCAGGGUCUGAAGUCUCCAAAUCUGAAAUGUAUAUUUUUGCUAGGAGCCCCAGCUUCCCGUGUUUUUAAUAUAAAUAGUGUAUACAGACUGACGGAACUUUAAAUAAAUGGGAAUUACGUAUUUAAGA